AAAUCAAAAUGAAGGCCGCCCGCUACUACGGCGCAACCGAUAUCCGCAUUGACCACGAUGCUCCUGAACCCAUCCCGGGCCCGAGGCAACUUCUAGUCGACGUCGCCUGGAGUGGCAUUUGCGGCAGCGAUCUUCACUUUUGGACCAUUGGUCCUUCACCCGACCGCACGUUGGGGCUGCCCUCCACACUCGGCCACGAGCUGUGCGGCACCGUCCGCGAUCCACCAGUAUGGUCGAAGUUCAAGCAUGGAGAUAAGGUGAUGGUCGACCCGAGGAUUUGCUGUCGAGGCUGCCAGGCUUGUAAAGAUGGUACUUCGGCAGCGUGUUCGGAUCUGGGGUAUUUGGGUGGGACGACCGAAUAUGGAGGGUUCGGAGAAAGGGUGGUGGUCAAGGAGAGUGAGUUGUACCUCUUACCCGAGAACAUUCCGUUGGAGUAUGCAGCGAUCAUCGAGCCGUUGGCGGUAGUACAGCAUGCGAUCAAGGUCUCGGGCGUGAAGGAGUGGAAGGGGAGGGAUGUGCUUGUGCUGGGAGGCGGGCCAAUUGGCUUUGCGUUGUUGCUGGUUUUGAAAGCGGCGGGAGCGGAUCGGGUGAUUGUCUCGGAGCCGGCGGCGGUGAGGAGAGAGCAGGUGAAGAGCUUAUCGAAGGGUGUGAUCAACCCGAUCGAAGAGAGCGUUGAGAAGAAGUGUCUGGAGUUGACUGACGGCCGAGGCGCGGAAGUUGUCUUUGAUUGCGCAGGCGUUCCAGCUGGGCUGGAGUCUGCUUUUGAUGCGAUUCGGUUCAACGGAUUGUAUGUGAUGAUUGCAGUCUGGGAGAAGCCGGUAAGUAUACCGUGCAUGAAGUUCUUGGCCAAGCAUAUAACAAUGAAAGGCGCCUACAUCUUUGAUGAUGACUCGAUGGGCGAAGUCCUGGACAUGAUGGCCACAGGAAAAUUGACAGGGUAUGAGAAGAUGGUGACCAGUCACAUUGGGAUCGAUGAUAUUGUUGAUAAGGGGUUCAAGGAGCUGAUUGCCAACAAGGACAGCCACAUCAAGAUCCUCGUGAGCCCAACAUAGAAGAGCGGCCAUCGACCCAACAUCCUCAAGUAAACCAUGCCCGCAAUAGAAUGUUCUCUCCAGUCUUUAUGGUUUUGAUGCCAUUUAUUCCGCGUGUGAAGUGCUACUGCUGUCGUCGAACUCACAACUCCCCGGCAACAUUCGCAAGAGAAGGCUUUGGAAGGAAGACUGCUUCGUCCUCCCGCAUGUCGAUAGUGCCAUCGCCAGUCAUCCGGAACGAAGGCUUAAGAGUCUCGUUCUGCUUUUCACGGCAUUGGCGUCUCAGGCGCUUAU